AUGAUAGAGUUGUACGUUGAGUUUGAACAGCAGUCAGGGAUGGGUACAGUCGGCGACGAGGUCAAUGUUGAUGAGCUCGAGGAUAUAUAUUGGGAAGAAGAUAAUAAUGACAGCAAAGAUGAAUUUGAAGCUAACUAUGAAGUCGAUGACGAAAACGAUGACAAAGACUUGGUAGGCAAUCCGGCGGGGCAAAAUGAAGCAAAUGCGAUUGUAAGCCAACACCCGUUUGGUGUUCCGUCUUUUAUGUGGACUCUAGAUCUCGAAGCCAUGCAUGUCCCAGAAUUUCCUGAGUAUGUGAAUAUGGGUGAAGGCAACGUUGCGGCGGAAGAUGGCGAGUUUAGUGUCGGAAUGAAAUUUGAUUCGAGAGAGUUGAUGAUGUCUGCAAUCAAAAGCUACACCAUCUCUAGAGGAAUUGAUUACACUGUGUAUGAGACUGAGCCGCAGACAUUCUAUGCAAAAUGCAAGGGGUAUGGUGCAGGGUGCGACUGGCUUAUCCGAGCUAGCUUGAUUCGAAAAAAAGCUUGUUGGGAAAUCAGGAGAUACAAUGUACCACCACCCCCCGGUGAUCAAGGACCAGCAGCACCUCAAGAUCCAACAAGUCGGACAUGGCAGCUCCGAUCAUACCAGAAGAUCUCAUCCGAGAUUGACAUCAACGUUUCAGAUGCCAUUAGGCUGUUGGUCGAAGCAGACUACUUGAUAAAGGUGAAGUCUGUUAUUGCAGAGGUUCAAGGCAGGUUCAACUACACUGUGAGUUACCGCAAGGCUUGGUUGACAAAACAGAAAGCUGUCGCAAAAGUUUUCGGUGAUUGGGAAGUUUCUUACCAGACUCUGUCAAUAUGGUUGAAAUCAAUGACGUUGAAGAUACCAAGGUCUCAUGUUCAAAUUAAAACGCUCCCCGUAUACCGUGAGAGUGAGGAGGUUCAAGGUGUAAGAGUUCUGCACCGCAUUUUUUGGAGCUUCUAUUUGUGUAUUAUAGCAUUCAGACACUGCAAGCCAUUGGUGCAGGUUGAUGGCACACACCUGUACAGAAAAUAUAAAGGUGCACUUCUGGUAGCGGUUGCACAAGAUGGGAAUAAAAACAUUGUGCCUAUUGCAUUUGCGAUUGUCGAGGGCGAGACAACAGACGCAUGUGAGUUUUUCCUAACCAAUUUGCGGAGAUAUGUGGUUACCAUUGAUAGUGUGGGUAUUAUUUCUGACCGCCAUACCUCUAUCGACGCUGUAAUAACUCGCAGUAACGGUAUUUCAACUCGCUGUUAUGGUUCUAUUCAUAGUAAAUUUGUGGCAUCUGCUUAUGAUGAAAUGAUCGGUGUUGAGAGAUGGGUGUUGGCAUUCGAUGGUGGUCAUCGUUGGGGACAUGUGACGACAAACUUGGUAGAGUGCAUAAAUUCUGUCCUGAAGGGUGCAUGCAACCUUCCUGUGACUGUCCUUGUCCGGUCAACUUUCUACCGGCUGUAUGAGUUGUUCACUCGGAAGAGUACCGAGGCUCAUGAGCGUCUCCGCAACGGAUUCACGAAUUCAGAAUUUGCAACGAAGAGAGUUGAAGAAAGCUUCCGACGUGCAGAAAACAUUGUGGUCAACCGGUUCGACAGGCGCAACGAGAUGUUUGAGGUUCGCGAAAUAAAAGAUGGUACCAUUUACACUGUUAACCUUGUGCAACAACACUGCGACUGUGGCCAUUUCCAGGUCGAGCGACCUCCAUGUCGCCACGUGCUUACAUGUUGCGCCACUACAAAAAAAAUGAUAUAA